AUCGGAGGUGGACCUGACUCCCGGACUACAACUACUACUACUACUAGUACUACUCCUUGUACUAUUACUUGUACUACUACUACUACUACUUGUACUACUCCUCACUGUGCGGACGCGCUGUGUGCGGGCGGAUGACGACUGAAGGAUCGCCGGGGAUUUGUGCGCAUGAUGUGGGGAUGCAGUUCCGAGACUGCUGCGGCUCCAAGGACGACUAGAAGACUUUCUUCCAAGCGGACGCAUGUCGGAUUACCGCCGCCGGCCUCUGUGAAGUCGCACCCGCUUUGUGUCGCCUCUCCGGACCAUGCCGUCGGAUCGCGGGGUUCCGGGAGCCGCCGGCGUCUUGAGAGAUUUCCCCCCGAGUUCCAGGCGCUCCCAGCCGGCCGCCGACUGCUGCCAGGCUGCCUUGGCGCUUAAACACAAGCCAAAGGUGGGUCACAAAGCUCCUCUGUGGAUCCAGGCCAGGUUCCAGGCCCUGCUCUUCUCUCUGGGUUGCCACAUCCAGAGACACUGUGGCAAGGUGCUCUUCAUCGGACUCUUAGUGUUCGGGGCUCUUUCUGUCGGACUCCGGGUGGCGGCCAUCGAGACGGACAUGGAGCAGCUGUGGGUGGAAGCUGGCAGCCGAGUGAGCCAGGAGCUGGGCUACACCCGAGACAAGCAAGGAGAGGAGUCCAUGUUCACCUCACAGAUGCUCAUCCAGACCCCCAAAGAAGAGGGCAGCAAUAUUCUUACCCAGCAUGCUUUGCUGCUUCACAUGGAAGCGGCGCUGUCUGCCAGCAAGGUCCAGGUGUCACUGUUUGGAAAGUCCUGGGAUCUCAACAAAAUAUGUUAUAAAUCUGGAGUCCCUAUAAUAGAAAAUGUCAUGAUAGAAAGGAUGAUUGACAAGCUCUUCCCUUGUAUGAUCAUCACUCCAUUGGAUUGUUUUUGGGAAGGGGCCAAGCUGCAAGGAGGCUCCGCUUAUCUCCCGGGUAUGCCGGACAUCCAGUGGAUGAAUCUGGAUCCCGUCAAGCUGAUGGAGGAACUGAGUCAGUUCACGUCCCUGGAAGGAUUUAAGGAGAUGUUGGACAAAGCCCAGGUGGGCCACGCCUACAUGAACAGGCCUUGUUUGGAGCCGUCAGACCCCGACUGUCCUCUCAGCGCGCCCAACAAGAAAGAAGAGGAGAGUCCAGAUAUUGCCGGGCAUCUCCGAGGCGGUUGUCAUGGUUUUAGCCAGAAGUUCAUGCACUGGCAGGAGGAGCUGAUCCUGGGAGGGCGCGUCAGGAACACCCAGGAUGCUCUGAAGAGCGCUGAGGCUCUCCAAACCAUGUUCCUGUUGAUGAGCCCUAAGCAGCUGUAUGAGCACUUUAAGGACGACUACGAGAUCCACGACAUCAACUGGAACCAAGAAAAGGCUACGGCCAUCCUGGAGUCUUGGCAAAGGAAGUUUGUUGAGGUGGUCCACCAGAGUAUCCCCUCAAACUCCAGCCAGUCCAUCCACGCCUUCUCCACCACCACCCUCAACGACAUCAUGAAGUCCUUCUCUGAUGUCAGCGUCCUGCGGGUAGCCGGAGGGUACCUGCUCAUGUUGGCCUACGCCUGCGUGACCAUGCUGAGGUGGGACUGCGCCAAGUCCCAGGGGGCGGUGGGGCUGGCCGGCGUGCUGCUGGUGGCCCUGUCGGUGGCAGCGGGCCUGGGUCUGUGCUCCCUGCUGGGACUCUCCUUCAAUGCUGCAACUACUCAGGUGCUUCCCUUCCUGGCACUUGGAAUCGGUGUGGAUGACAUGUUUCUUUUGGCUCACUCCUUCACAGAGGCUGGGAGUAACAUUCCCUUUGAGGAGCGAACGGGCGACUGUUUGCGUCGCACGGGCACCAGCGUGGCUCUGACUUCCAUCAACAACAUGAUGGCCUUCUUCAUGGCCGCCCUUGUGCCCAUCCCGGCCCUGCGAGCGUUCUCCUUGCAGGCGGCCAUCGUGGUGGUGUUUAACUUUGCCAUGGUGCUGCUCAUCUUCCCCGCCAUCCUCAGUUUGGACCUCCACCGACGUGAGGACAAGCGUUUGGAUGUCCUGUGCUGCCUGUACAGCCCUUGUGCCGACCGGGUCAUCCACCUGUCCCCUCACCAGCUGUCGGACACUUCGGAGCCGCCCACGCACACACAUCAGUACGCGACGGGUUCCACCAUCACCACCAGCACGCAAAUCACCACCACGGUGCAGGCCUUCACUCAGUGCGACGCGGCCGGGCAGCACAUCGUCACCAUCCUGCCGCCCACUUCUCAGAUCUCCACCAGCCCCACGUCCAUCGUCGUCUGCCCUGCUUCCCUAUCGCAAGCAAUCACACCUACACCCACCACUCCGGUUCAGGACCCCUACGGCUCCCAGCUCUUCACACCUACCUCCAGCUCCACGCGGGACCUCCUCGCCCAGGUGGAGGACUCCAAAUUGCGAAAGAAGUGCGUUCCGCUCCCAUUCCUCCACUGGAACUUGUCCCACUUUGCCAGGGACAAAUACGCCCCGCUGCUGCUCAAGCCCAAGAGCAAAGCCAUGGUGGUCCUUCUCUUCCUGGGCCUGCUGGGACUCAGCCUGUACGGGACCACCAUGGUGCACGACGGCCUCUACUUGACUGACAUUGUGCCGCGUGACACCAAGGAGUACGACUUCAUCGACGCCCAGUUCAAGUAUUUCUCCUUCUACAACAUGUACCUGGUGACCAUGGACGGAUUCGAUUACGCUCGCUCGCAGCGCCUUCUGAUCCAGCUCCACAACGCCUUCAACUCUGUUCGCUACGUGGUCAGGGACGGCGACGGCAGACUGCCGCGCAUGUGGCUGCACUACUUCCAGGACUGGCUUGGAGGUCUUCAGGCUGCUUUUGACGCAGACUGGCUGGCGGGGAGGAUCACCUCGGACAGCUACCGAAAUGGCACAGAGGAUGGCGCUCUGGCCUACAAGCUCCUGAUCCAAACCGGUUCCAAGAAAGACCCCUUCAACUACAGCCAGCUGACAAAUCGUCGGCUGGUGGAUGCGGAGGGUCUCAUCCCCCCGGAGGUGUUCUACAUUUACCUCACGGUCUGGGUCAGUAACGACCCUCUGGGCUACGCCGCCUCACAGGCCAACUUCUACCCCCACCCUCGAGAGUGGAUCCACGACAAGUACGACACCACCGGGGAGAAUCUGCGCAUUCCAGCUGCAGAGCCCCUGGAGUUCGCUCAGUUCCCCUUCUACCUGAAUGGCCUGCGGCAAGCCGGUGACUUUGUGGAAGCCAUCGAGAGCGUGCGGGCGAUCUGUGACGAGUUCAGCCGCAAGGGUGUGCUCAACUACCCCAACGGGUACCCCUUCCUGUUCUGGGAGCAGUACAUAGGCCUGAGACACUGGUUCCUGCUGUCCAUCAGCGUGGUGUUGGCAUGCACCUUCCUGGUCUGCGCCCUCCUCCUGCUCAACCCGUGGACGGCCGGCAUCAUCGUGUUCAUCCUGGCCAUGAUGACGGUGGAGCUGUUCGGCAUCAUGGGUUUGAUCGGCAUCAAGCUCAGCGCCAUCCCCGUGGUCAUCCUCAUCGCCUCGGUGGGCAUCGGAGUGGAGUUCACCGUUCACAUCGCACUGGGUUUCCUGACAGCCCUUGGCAGCAGAAACAGGCGCUCGGCCCUGGCUCUGGAGCACAUGUUUGCCCCGGUGGUCGACGGCGCCAUUUCAACACUGUUGGGCGUUCUCAUGCUGGCGGGGUCUGAGUUUGACUUCAUCAUGAGGUAUUUCUUUGCCGUGCUGGCUAUCCUCACGCUCCUCGGAAUGCUCAACGGUCUGGUUCUGCUCCCGGUCCUCCUCUCCAUGCUGGGCCCCCCGGCCGAGGUGGACCCGACGGACGACGGCGGCCGCCUCCCCGCACCUUCGCCCGAGCCACCGCUGCCACCGCCAAUGGCUCACCACGGCUACUUGGCCGACCACCACCACGACCCCCGCCAACAGGCCUUCCCCGCCGAGACGUCGGACUCUGAGUACUACUCGGAGGUGACGAGCACUUCCGGGAUGGGCGAGGAGGAGCACAAGUACUGCGACCGCAGCUCGUACGCCGUGCCGUCCCACAUUCUGCUGGAAGCCAGCAAGAAUCCCAACUUGCCGAAAAUAAAGGUGGUGAGGGACAAGGCAGCAGGAGCAAGGAUAGAACCCUCGUCCCAGCAGGUGACAUGUUGGGGCGGAGCCACGCAGCCAGCUCACUUACCUGGGCGGACUACUCAAAGCGGCCCCAGGUCGCAGAGCGACAGCAGGGGUCCGAACAGGACUAAAAAGCCCACUGGCUACAGCAACUCCUCCGGGGGGGCCGUCACCAUGGUGACGGCCACGGCCUCCGUGACUGUCGCCGUGCAUCCCACCUUGCCCGGAGCGGCGUACCAAGGCUACAUGCACCAAGGUUUUGACACGGACACCGAGUCAGACUGCUUGGAGGCCACCAAGAGGACCUUUUCCUCGUAUAAGAGAGACUCUUCGGAGCUCCAGGACGUGGAAUCGCCGCAGGAUCACCGGCACAAACAAGGCGUGUCGAGGAUCCAGACGGCCAAAGGGUGCUAGUCUUUGCUGCUGUGGAAAGUGUACAUAAGAUAGGAUUUAUUUGAAGGAGAAAAUGAUAUAUUUUAAUACUAAAAAGAGGGAAGCUAUUUAAAAAGAACUUUGGAUUUUGACUUUUGUUGGCCCCUCUGUGGUGUGCAGAACGUCUUCUACGUCCUAUGAAGAUGUCACAAUGUUACUUUUUGCUGCUACACAAAGUCAUUUGCCUUAAAAUAAUGCAGUAGCCCCUCCCCCUCCCCCUUAAAGCCACACACACGUUUGAACUGCACAACAUUGUACUGUGAGAUCGAGACCAUUUCUUAACAACGUGCCUUUUUUUUCCAAUCCUCAUCCUCAUCCUGUCAGCGUCAUCAGUGCAGUUUCAUCUACUUGAAGGUGUCAUUUUGUCGGAAUCAUAAGGGAGUCUUCUUGUGUUUGUAUUUGUAUGGAAUAUAAGCUAUUAUUUGACAUUGUCUUUUUAUCUUUGUGUCCACUUCACUUGCUCCACAUUCUCCUGCUCACAUCCUGACAGUUUAAUAUCCAUUUCACUUUUUAAUGGCAGCUUUGCUUUGUGCAAGGUGAAAAACGGAACAAAUUCAUGGUAAAUAACCACCGUUGCCAGGAGGAGGUCGAGGGGGGGCUUGUGCAUUGUUUGUUUUUAAGAUUGAAAAAAAUUGUAAUGUCAUGCCAUAUAAAUUAUUUAUAUUAAAAUUUAUUUUUAUAGUUUGUACAGAUGUUAGUAUUUAGACUGAAGUUCUAUUUUUAAAGAGUAAAUAUAUAUAUUAUAUAUAAAUAUAUCUAUUUGUUGCUGAGUUUGAUUUGUGUUUGCAUUAGGAAAAGGGGGCGGGUUCAUUAUUGUUAUGUGUGUGUGUGUGUGUGUGUGUGUGCUGGUGCAGUGGGAGGAGCAUGAAGGCGUGUAGGGUUGUGUCACUUUCACCUUCUUGGCCCGUCAUGUCAUUUUUUUCCCCCAAACAUCAAUGUCUAAAACACUGUGACUUCAGAAAACUAUGCUCAAGAAACUCUUCCUGUUAUGUGACCGCUAAGUUCUCUCACCUGCCAUAGAAAACUAACAAAAUAAAUUCA